GACCUUAAAUCAUAAAGUUUAUAAUUUAAAGACUAAGCAAUACAAUAAGCAUUAAACAAUGUCUCGUUUUAGCAAAAAGAUAUUCAAAUUGGAAUUAGUUUGACAUUUGAAUCUAUGCUAUUGAACCUACAUGACACAAAAUUUUCUUUAUAACUAACCAAAGAAAUUGUUUUAAAUGUGUAUGAGCGUUCCAGCAGUACGAAAGUAUUAUCGACCAGAACCCAGAAAGAUAUAUCUUCAUUCAACGAAGUGUGAAUCGCCUUUAGGUAGACAAACACGCUCUUCCUAUCUAAGAAGUCGACUAAGAAAUGAUCGUAUGGCAUGGGAACAGACGACGAAUUUGAAGCAGUAUAGUUCAAAUGUGUUCGAUUGUCACAUGUUUUCAGAGCCCGUUCAUAAGUCAUUAACUGAGAGUUUAAUAAAACAGUUGUCAAUAAAUCCAGCAGAUCUACAUAGUUACCUGGUUGGAUCUCAAUUAGCUGUUAAGAUUAAACGAGAAAUUUCAAAUUCUUCACAUUAUAAAAAGAGAAAUACCCCGGACCUUUCCAAUAAUGAUGUAUCGAAUAGUACUAAGUACAAGACGAAAAGUAAACCACAGUCGACUAAAGCAUCCAAUAUCUCCUCUUAUACUGGAAUUGUUAAUAGUCUCAGUACAAAUAACUAUCUUAUUAUUAAAUCUGCGAAUGCUUUGAGACAGUCUUGUUCUGUUUCUACAAGAUUAAAUUUAAAUAGCAUAGAUCCACAAGAUUUGGAAUCAGCACGUAUUGAAGACAGAGUUUCUGUAUGCUUGCAAAUUCAAGGAAGCCCAAGAAAAGUAGUCACACCACGUAAUAAAAGUAGAGGAAGUUUGAGUGAAAACGAUAUUCUUAACAUUGUUUCUCCAACAUUCUCAAGUCGGUACAAACACUCAAGUGCCCGAAAGUCAUAUGAAAAUAUAAUUCCAGUUAGUCGCACCUCUUCAAUACCUUCAAUACCAGCUGGUAGAAUCAAGGGUAUCUUGAAAGAUGAAUUAUGCAUUUAUGGUAGUCAAACUGGAAAUACACCAAGGAUGUCAGAUGAUCACGAUCAUAGCGGAACAUCUGGAACCCAGAAUCAAAUUAUAUCUGAAGACACAAAAUAUAGCCAGUCAGAGAUAUUGCAAAAAAUUCCAUUUCGGCCAAAAAGCGCCAGCGAUGCUCAUAAAACUGUAAGUUUGACGGAAGAUAUGAAGGGAUUGCUGAGUGUUCAACCUGUACAUGUACAAUUAAAACACUUUGUUUCACAUGAAAAGAAACCAAGUAGAGUUCAGUCAGCACGUGAAUAUACAAGAAGGAGUAUACAUAAUAAAUAUGAUUCUAGUACAAAUUUGGAGAAUGCAGUUCAUCAAAGUACCGAUGAUAACGAAGGACAGACGAAAUAA